ACAAACUCCAUCACCAGUCUUUCAAACAUGGGAGAAGUGAAGUUGCAUAGAUUUUGGUAUAGCCCCUUUAGUUGCAAGGUGAUUUGGGCACUGAAACUGAAGGGCAUACCUUUUGAGAACAUAGAAGAAGAUGUUCUCAAUAAAAGUCCUCUGCUUCUGCAAUAUAACCCAGUCCACAAAAAAACUCCCGUCCUCGUUCAUGGUGGAAAACCAAUCUGCGAGUCCAUGAUUAUUGUCGAAUACAUCGACGAGGUAUGGCCAGAGAAACCCUUGAUGCCAAGUGAUCCUUAUGGGAGGGCUAUCGCUCGGUUCUGGAUUAAACUUUUGGAUGAUAAGGACAUGGCAAUUUGGAGAAUAUAUUUUAGUUCCAAUGGUGAAGAACUUGAACAAGCAAAGAAGGAUACCUUGGAAUUACUGAAAAUCAUUGAAGAACAUAGGGCAGGAGAGACCAAAUUCUUCAUUGGAGACGAGUUUGGCAUAGUGGACAUAGCCUUUGGUGCAAUUGGUUACUGGUUGGAGGUCGUUGAAGAUGUAGUAGGAGUGAAGCUGUACGAUGCCCGCAAGUUCCCUAAACUUACUGCUCUGAUCAACAAUUUCAAAGAGGAACCUGUGAUCAAGGAAAACCUGCCAGAUAAGAAUGAUCUGUUAACGUAUUUCAGGGGUAGCAGAGAAAAAAGGCUUGCCUCUGCAUCAUAAGAAUGUAACAGAGGCUGUCCAUCAAUUGUCAUAUUUAGGCUUCUCUAGUCUCUACUAAUAAAUAAUAAUGACAACAAUAAUAGAGAUAUAUUUUUAAUUUGUCUAUGCAAGCUUGUUUAGGCAGAUUAGGCUUCUCUAUAGUAAAAAUGUAAUGUAAAAUGGACAAUGUGUCUUUCCUUGUCAUCAGUAUGCAUCUUUUACACAUGCAAUAAUAUUAUAUAAUUUCACGCGGAA